CAUACUAUUUAUCAAUUUUUUUAUUGAUCUCUUUUACGUUCUCUUCUGUGAUAUCUAGAUCUGGCUUAAAUCCACUAUAGUCGGGUUUCUUGUUGACAUAGUGCAUUCUUUCUAGCCGACUGUUCUCCAAACACUCUCCCUGUAACCCAAUCCGAGGGCGGAGACGGCGCAUCCGGACUGGUGCUGGAGCUGACUACCUAUGUAAUGGCGGGGUUCCGUGGUGCCAGGGGUUCAACAACAAGGAGCUCCCCUUUUAUUCCUACAUCGUUGCUGGCCUUUGAUCUUUGAGUAUCUUUCUAGUGUCACUGUUUGCAAUAUUGAGACUUCAAUAUGAGAUGCGCCUCGGCUGCGCUUAGGCGGCUCACGGCACGUCUAGCAGGUGGCUGGACUGUCUACCCCAGAAUCGCCAGUCGUCGGAGGUUUACAAGCACUGCAGCUGUCUCGGCUGAUGGCUCGCUCCCUCUUGAGGGCUACCGGGUGCUUGAUAUGACGAGAGUUCUUGCCGGGCCGUACUGCACCCAGAUCCUGGGCGACCUUGGUGCCGAGGUCAUCAAGGUGGAGCACCCUGUCCGGGGCGACGACACUCGCGCAUGGGGCCCUCCGUAUGCCGCGUAUAAGUCGGGUUCGUCCCGAGAAGGGCCCGGUGAGUCGGCGUACUUCCUUGGGGUGAACCGGAACAAGAAGUCGCUGGCUCUCUCGUUCCAAGACGCGGCCGGAGUCGACAUCCUCCACAAGCUGGCGGCCAAGUGCGACAUCCUGGUGGAGAACUAUAUUCCAGGGGCGCUCAAGAAGUACGGCAUGGACUACGAGACGAUACGCAAGAUCAACCCGGCGCUCAUCUACGCAUCUGUCACAGGCUAUGGCCAGACGGGCCCAUAUUCGCAGCGGGCGGGCUACGACGUCAUGGUGGAGGCCGAGUUCGGGCUGAUGCACAUCACGGGCAGCAGAGACGGGCCGCCCGUCAAAGUCGGGGUUGCCGUCACCGACCUCACGACGGGGCUGUACACAAGUAAUAGCAUCAUGGCAGCUCUGCUGGCGCGUGCCAAGACGGGGAGGGGCCAGCACAUCGAUGCGGCUCUAAGCGAUUGCCAGACAGCCACGCUGGCCAACAUCGCGAGCAGCUGCCUGAUAAGCGGACAGAGCGACACGGGCCGCUGGGGCACGGCGCAUCCCUCCAUCGUGCCGUAUAAGUCUUUCGAAACCAAAGACGGCGACAUUCUGUUCGGCGGGGGAAAUGACCGCCUCUUUGGCAUCCUGUGUGACGGACUGGGUCGGCCCGAGUGGAAGGAGGAUGCCAGGUUCAAGAUUAAUGCGCAGCGGGUGGCGAACCGGGACAAUCUCGAGCAAGAUAUUGAGGCGAUCACCGUGACUAAGACGACGCAGGAGUGGCUUGACAUAUUCGAGGGCAGGGGGAUGCCGUAUGCGGCCGUCAACGACGUGCUGGCGACGUUGACGCACGAUCACACGCGGGCGCGGAACAUGGUGGUCGAGGUAGAGCACGACGACUGCGGACCUAUCAAACUGGUCAACUCUCCUGUCAAAUACUCAGAGGCGCGGCCGAGAGUGCGAAGCGCGCCGCCGACGCUGGGCCAGCACACGGACGAGAUCCUGCGGGAGCAUCUCGGCCUGGGCGAGGACUGCAUCCGCGAGUUGAGAGAAGGGGGGGUUGUUCGAUGACCGAAGAUGCAUCCAUCUAUCCAUAGGUUUGGAUACAAGCUGGAUAGGUCCUGGAAUUACAGAAGUCCACAGCGGGCUUUCUCGG